GUGUAACUGAGCUGACCGCUCGCCUCCCGCCCGGCAGAGGGCGAGGGGCGGUGGCAGGAGGCAGCGGAGGGCGGCGGGACGCUGAGGUGUUUGGCGGCCCGCGGGAAGGAGGCGGUGGCGAAUGCCGAGGCCGCCUCUCUCCCGCCCACUGCGGCCCGCCCAGGGCCUGCCCGCCCGCCCAGGACCGGCUCCGCAGCGGCGGUCGUAGCCGCAGCCGACACCGCCCGUUGCAGCGCCGGCGCUGAUGCCUCCUGCGGUGGCCCGGCAGGGAAGAUGGCGCCGUCCCACGUCCUCAAGUGUUGCCAGAAGGUGUUGGCCUGGGUGCCCGUGGCCUUCAUCGCCCUGGUCGUGGCCUGGUCCUACUACGCCUACGUGGUGGAGCUCUGUGUGUUCACUAUUUCUUCAACUGCAGAAAAAGCUGUCUACCUUGUGGUUUUUCAUCUGUCAUUUUUCAUGUUUGUAUGGUCCUAUUGGAAGACAAUAUUCACAUCUCCUGCAUCUCCAUCUAAUGAGUUCUGCUUGUCAAAAGCUGAUAAAGAACAAUAUGAAAAGGAAGAGAGACCAGAAUCCCAGCAGGAGAUUCUGAGAAGAGCUGCUAAAGACUUGCCUAUCUAUACGACAACAGCAUCGAGAGCAAUCAGAUACUGCGAUCGAUGCCAGCUAAUCAAACCUGACCGCUGCCACCAUUGUUCUGCGUGUGACAUAUGUGUACUAAAAAUGGACCACCACUGUCCAUGGGUGAAUAAUUGUGUGGGAUUUUCUAACUACAAAUUCUUCCUCCUGUUUUUAAUGUAUUCCUUACUGUACUGUCUAUUUGUUGCUGCUACAGUCUUGCAGUACUUCAUAAAGUUUUGGACAAAUGAAUUGCCAGACGUGCAAAAUGCCACACAUGCAAAAUUCCACGUACUGUUCCUUUUCUUUGUGGCAGCCAUGUUCUUCAUCAGCAUACUGUCCCUCUUCAGCUACCACUGCUGGCUAGUUGGCAAAAACAGAUCAACCAUAGAAACAUUUCGUGCACCUACAUUUCGAAAUGGCCCUGAUAAAAAUGGCUUUUCUCUUGGAUGCAGCAAAAAUCUCAGGGAGGUUUUCGGAGAUGAGAAGAAAUAUUGGUUACUCCCUAUCUUUACCAGUUUGGGUGAUGGGUGUAAUUUUCCAACUCGUUUGGUGAUUAUGGACCCAGAGCAAGUUACUGUCCCAAGCCAAAAUGAACCUGUCAAAAGCUCUGUAGCAAAUCAGUCCUUUCCUACUCGACCACUCAGUGAAUCACAGAAUCGAUUGCUAGCCAGUGAUUGUCAGUGGGUGGAAAGUGGCCCUGAAGAGGAAAGUGUUAAAACAGGUGCAAAAAAGCAUAUUAUAGUUUCAUUGGAAAGCUGAUCUCAGUUUAUUACUAACCAACAUCUCAGUGAGAAACAGGUUUCUGCAACACAUUUUGAGCUUGAAUAUUACUUAAUUUUGUUUGGAAGAAGUUGAUCAGUGAAAAAUGGACCAUGAACAUUUUAGGAAGAGACAAGAAAUUCAAGUUUCUGCACAGUACAAUGGAUUCUUGUAAGCACUAUUGCAGAGCAGGGAAGUUAAGACAUGCCUUAAGAUUCUUAAUGUGCAUUUAUGCAACACUGAAUUAUAUAUUGCUACCAAAGGGCCAAAUCCUGAAGUGCCCUGCUUGGAUGCACAAGGUCCAGAGUGGGAACUAUGCAUUUCUGCUAUGCUGCAGUGGUUGAGGGUAGAUUGCAGAGACUCCUACCUCCCCAAGGGCAAACUUCAUACCUUAGGCACUGCAGAAGUCACUUCCAUAGCCGGUAUCCAGUGUACAGAAAGAAAAAGGGAAAGGGGGGACGGGAUGGCAGGGGUAAAGAGGAGGGGAUAACAAGAGGAAUCAACACAGAGCAUGGCUAAUGAGUCUGAAGAUCUGAAAGUGCUACUAUACAUAGUUCAGACACCAGGUGAUGGAGAAGGGGCUGGAUGAUGACUUCUUCCCUCAUCCUACUAACCAGUCUACCCCAUGAUCAUAGCUCUCCAAGUCUUUCAGCACUGAGGAAUUCUUCUACUAGCCAUGCUUUGGAGCAAGGUAAUGCCGACAUUGUAAAAGCCUCGUUCUUGGGUGUGGCUUUCUUGCUGUAGGAUUGAGCUUCCUCAUAAUUUUGAUUUAUUUAAAACCAUGUCAAGAACAGAGCUCACUGAAGCAAACUUAGUUUUUGGUUGAAAAGAUGUGGAUUGUUACUUUCCAACAGUUCAGUUGUCAGCCAACAGUAAAGCCAGUCCAGAAAGGAAUGAACAGUUCUUACAUUUUCUGUUAAUGUCUGCAAUGUUCUGUAUGAGGCAUUAACAAAAUGGUAAAGUACUCUUGAGAAAAAGCAUUGCAAUUGUGUAUUGUUAGAAAACGGAACUAGAAGAGCACUGCUUUUUCUGUGGGACUCUUGUUGGUUUACAAAUACUGUUUUAUACUUUUGUUUUAUCUUUUUAAUAAAGACACAAGUUUUUAUUGGUUCUAAAGUACCACUUAAGUAUUUAUGAGGAAAAUAAUAUGGGAUCAUACAUGUGUUCACACAGAAAAUGUGUGUGCUUUUAGUCUGCUGCUUUCAAGACCAGUUUAAGUGAUGCUAAGCUUGCUAAAGACAGUGCUUUGUGCAGCUGUAUACCUGUUCACAAGAGACAAAAUGUGUUUCCUGUAAGUAACACCGUCUGUGCUAAGCUCAAGACCUACAGCAAACAAUGUGGGGGUUGGGGCAGAGGGGUGUUCCACUAACUCUGUAAUAAGACUGAUAGCUAACUCAUCUUUGUGUGGUACUGGAAUUCUGUGUCUGGAAAAAGUGACAAAUACUGUUUUCCUGUCUGUAAGUGUUCUGAUGUUCAGCUGAAAAGCUGACUGCAAAUGUACAUGAGCAAUUGUCUUACAGACUGAGCCAAUGAUCUGGACUGAAAGAACCUGUUUGGUUUCUGAUUGAUUGCUACUUAAAUACGUUUAUGAUGGCAAUGCUAAGGUAUCAAGUAUACUUCAAGGAUUAAAACCAAGUAUUUUUUGUCUUUGGAAAUAAUAAAAUUUUCUUAUAUAUUCAUCUUCUAGAACAAGAACACUUUGAGAAUCUGUGAACAUGACUUGGUCACUAUUGAAUGUUCUUGAGACAGAAAUAUUGAUCUACACUUGCAUGUUUUAAAAAGUUGCAGAAUAUUUCUUCUUCAAAGUCUGCACAAGAAACUUUGCAUUUGCUAAUUCCAAAACCUACAAAAACAGUUGCUACACAUUAAUUAGAAAGGUUAAUUUAACUUGUUAUUCUCAAAUAUUAAGUGAGAAGUGCCAUCCAAAUAUAAGUAAGUUCUCAGCACUACUGCAACAGCAAAAUUUCUUGGGAAAAUCAACAGAGAUAGAAGUCUGCAGGUUCAAAUGGUUUGUUCUGAACACCAAUAUUUGUAGCCCCAAACACCAUUGGAACUGUAAUGGAGAGCCUGAGGUAUCAUCUGGUGCUUACUGCGUUAGCGUAUUGCAGCUGAGUUAACAAACCCAUAUAUGCACAGUCAUUGACUAACAGAACUAUAAGCAAAAUCUGUCUCUGAUAUGAUAAGUAUCACAGAUUCAGCAGUAAGGGCUCUGCCCCACUCACCAGGUACUUGAUCUAUCCUCAUAUGAAUGUAUAUAUGCUGUGGGCUAAAAUCAGUAUAACUUAAGUAUAACUUAAGUCAGGACAGUUAAUGUUCAGGAAAAACUGCAAGUAAAGAGAUUGGGCUAACUCCAUGUGUGCAUUCUAGCAAGUGCUGGUCUUCUAAAACUAAUUGUUUGUAUAUCUAAGGGAAUUUUAGUGGCUUUUCAUGAAAAGCUAAUGUUUCUGACUUUUAUUAUGCAGAUUUUGGGUACAUUUUGUCACAGAUUUUUUUCUUGUGUUUCAGAUGAGAAAGGAAGAGCAGUGUACUUCAGAUAGUUUUGAGGCCAGAGUUACACUGUUGGUGCAAAAGUGGGCAUUAAUGAAAAGUCACUUUUACAAAUAGGAAACAUGACAAAAAGAUUCAGAUAGGAUUUCUCCAAAGUCACUGCCCCACCUUUUUAUUCCCCCUGGGGCACUGGUUUCUAAGAGGAUCCCCAGACUGAUAUAAAGGAAUGAAGUCCUGUAAGGGAACUGUUUAUGAACUCUUAAGGGUACAUCAGUGAGUGUGGGGCAGGAGCAAAUUUUCCUGGCAAGCUCUGGCUGCAGAGGAUGUAGUGGGAUAUCUUCUGUCCUUGCAGCCCCCUCUAAUGUGCAAGGGCACUCUGUGUUAUAUCAAAUGCUAUGGUAAGCAAAAUGAGGGAGUAAGCCAAGAGUAACAAAGAUAGUGAGGACAAGCAGCUGUUUGGCUGUUGAGUUCAAGCAGACUUGGGUAUCCCUGCCAACAGGGGCAGCAGGGCUGUAAGGGUGCUCCAGGACCUCGGUCCUUCUGGUCCAUAUGCUGCAGAGCUGAAAACUUCCAGUGGAUGCAGCAGGAAGAGAAGCCCUACAUUUCAGGAGACCACAAGAGAGAUGUAUCCUGAGAAAACCAACUGUUGCAGGUGCUGGGUCACAUACCUGCUGGUUUUAUGCUUUAGCCUACUCUAUUUCAAGUCUUGAAAAUACCUGGCUUGUCACUAAAAAUAACAGCCCCUUAAUUGUUUUGAUGGAUCUAAAAUUUUCUGUUACAAGCCAUAAAUAGUAUUGCAGUUACUGUAGAAUAGUUGACAUUGACUAUAAUUAGGAACCAACAUUGGCUGUAGUUAGAAACUGUGCUUUUAGUAUUUACUUUAUUUCUUUUAAAAAAAAAAUCAUGUACACGAGUCAUGCACACAAAAUUACACUAAACUCCCAGUGUGAGGACAGAAGCCUGAUGAAGGGCAAGAUUUCAGUGUCAUCUCUCAAGAUAUCUGAAAUGCCUUGAGAUGGUAAACCUGCCCCUGCAAAGUGAUGAGGCAGGGAGAGCCAUAAACAGCAAAGAUUUAAAACUACACAGCUAGUACUGUUUUUUCCUUAAAAUUAUUUAGUCAUAGACUGUAUGAUGUACAAGAUUGCUGCUCCUACCAAAGACAUAGUGUGGGAGGAGAGCAGGGGUAACUGUAGGUUUCUGUCACAACUGACUUUCUGCAGUAUUACUCUAAAUAUUCAGAGGAUCAUUUGAGAGGGGGGUUUGGCACUUCAAUCUUUAGUUAUCAGCAGAAAUUUUGGCAGCAUUUUUGUUACAGUUGUCCCUUGCAUGUGGAAUUUGCAGGUAGCAAGUUACCUUUGAUACACUUUUCUCAGAAACUGGUCCUGUUCUUCAGUUCUAAAUGCCAGUUUUCAGGUGCUGUCUCCUUCUUCAUUUGAUCUUGUGUGGCCCUUUUAUAUCAUAAAUAAUCUUUUGGGGUUUAGAGGGUUUGGUUAAGUUCAAUGCCAUUCAAUAUGCACUCUUAAGAACUUUUGGAUCUCUGAAGUGUGGUCUGACUGUAGCUCACCAGAGCCCCAAAAGAAGGGAAAAGGCAGCAUUUGUAGCAGCAUUAGUGUCUGGCAGAUGCAUUGACAUAACUAUCUGCCUAGAUCUAGAGCACUGGCUAACAAUUUGCUAACAAAUAAAAAAGCCUUAGAACUUUGAGCUUCAUAGUUUAUGUUCUAUGAGGACACCAUCUAAAAUUGUAUAGAACGAGGGGACUCAGGUAUGUAUUUACAGAGGCUCCAAACAGUGGGUGCUUCAACUCAGUGCAGUUCAAGAAUACCUUUCAUGGUACGUAAAAAGUAGCGAGGUGUACAACAUCAGCUCUUCUAUCUCUAAAUGGCACCAAAGAGAGCAGCUACAUAUAAAGUGAUUUGUGGUAACUGAAUACAUUUACUACACUCAUUUCUGUGUAAGUUUAUUUUGUAUGUAUCAAUGUCUUUUUAUAUGCAUUUUUCUUAAUUACGUAACUGUCAUGAAACAUAAUGAAGCUACAGUUGUAGUUUUAAUGCUGAUUUAUACUGGUGUUUGGCUGUUUGUUUUCUGCAACAAUUACUUGAAUCUUAUUUCCAUUAGGCAGUGAAGUCUGACAAUGUUUACAGGAUCACUUUGAUUUUUGGGGAGUACCUCCUUUCUUCCCAUCCCCUGCUCCAAGAAAGAGCACAUAUGCUUAGCAGUCAAGCAGAUGUGUUGGGGAUGAAAUACUGGGAUCACCUCUACUGGCACCAAAGCAUUAAUAGUGACAUGCAGAUUCUCUUGCGUUUACAUUGCUUACCUGACAACUUACAUGCUUAGCAUGUUCCUCUCUGGUUUCUUCUACUCCUUAACCUGUUGCUGUUAGCUUUAUUGUGAGAAACUUAAGAUCUUUCUGAAUGGUAAUUCACAAUUAUAAAACUAUCACAGAAAGAGGCAGCUUUCUUGCUAAGUCUGCCCCUCUCCCUGUCCCCUUCUUAACUUGGAUGAAUUAAACAUCCCUGGAUUUUCUCUGCAAUUAUUUUUGUAUUUGCCAGCAAGGGUCAUCAACUUUGCACUAAUCACAAUGUCCCAGCUGUUAUACUUCCACAUAGUUAUUUUCAGUUGUGUUGCCUGAACUUGUAAUGAGCUGUAUUUAAGUUUGAAGUGUAAAAGAUGUAUGUAAUAAUUACACAUUUAUUGUAUUUUGUAUGUUACUGAUAGGACUAGUCCUAUGCACAGAGAAAGCAUCUUGCCAUUUAUAGUUUAAUACUUGAAGUAACUUUUUUAAAUGGGCUUUUAUAAAUGAAUUAAAUACAAAAUCACAUUGCUUUGCCUGGAAGUUCAUUCUUGUUUUAAUUGUAUUGUGCAAUUUCCUAAUAUGUAUAUUUUUCUGUGUUAUCUUAAGCCAUUUAUAACCAUUGAAAGUGCAUUCAAGAUUUUGUACAUCAGUGUUCAGACCUGUUCCUACUUCUCUGGAGUACAGUUCAUGUUUAAAAAAGUUGUACCAUUUUAGGCAUCUUUUUCAAAGUGAUAAAAUAUGAAUGGAUUUUGCAUUCAUCUGUGAAUGCAACAUCAACUUAAUAAAAGUAUGUGAAAGAAUCUGAAAA